AUGGAAUACGAAUUAAGAGAUCGUGGGAUGACCGUAGCUGAAUCGGAAACCGUAUCCAGUCCCAUUGUUCAGGUUCCAAGUGAGUGGUACAUCCGAAAAGAUCAGUUUAGCGAAGUGUCCAUCCAGUGGUUGAAAUGGCUUCAACACCAAACUCAGAACAAGUACCAGAUACAGCAUGUUCUGAAUGGUUGGGAACAUCUAGUACCAGGAACUCACUACCGACUGGAUGGAUAUUGUGCUAAAACAAACACAGCCUUCGAGUUCCACGGCUGUUUGUGGCAUGGUUGUCGUCAGUGUUUUCCACAUGAACGUUCUUCCACCAUCCAUCCUAGAACCAAUCAGUCCAUCGAUGAACUUUAUGCUCUGACGUGUAGAAAGAGAGAAGAUCUGAAAGUGAAAGGAUACAAGGUCAUCGAGAUCUGGGAACAUCAAUUCCACGACCUUCUGAAAUCCAACCCAGAACUGUCACAGUUUGUGAACUUAGAUUCUUUCUUUGGAGGGAGAACGAAUGCCAGCACGUUACACUACAAAGCAAAAGAAGGGGAAGAAAUCAAAUAUGUCGAUGUUACGUCUCUAUACCCUUGGGUCAACCAAUAUUGUCAGUAUCCCGUGGGUCAUCCUAAAAUCAUACACAAGGAUUUCAAGCCAUUGGAUGAAUACUUUGGAAUCGCCAAUGUGAAAGUCAUCCCACCGAGAAGACUCUACCAUCCUGUUCUGCCUUACCGUUCCAAUGGAAAACUCAAGUUCCCCCUAUGCAGAAGCUGUUCUGACCAAGAAUUACAGACGCCACGCCAACAUACUGAUGACGAGCGAAGCAUCAUUGGAACCUGGUGCAUUCCCGAAAUUCUUAAAGCCGUGGAAAAGAGGUACCAAGUCAUCAGAGUCUACGAGGUCUACCAUUGGCCUGAAGCAACACAGUAUGACCCGGCAACACGCGAGGGUGGUCUCUUUGUCGAGUACAUAAACGCCUUUCUCAAAUUGAAACAAGAAGCCAGUGGAUGGCCCGAAUGGUGUGUCACUGAGGAAGCCAAAGACAAAUAUAUUAGACAAUACAGAGACAAAGAGGAUGUACAGCUUGACAAUGAAAAUAUCGUAAAGAAUCCAGGACUUCGUUCGCUGGCUAAACUGUGUCUGGACAGUUUCUGGGGGAAGUAUGGUCAACGUCUGAAUUUGAAGCAGUCUGUCUUUAUUCACGAAAACAAUGCAGAAGUCUUCUUCCAGAUGUUGGCAGAUCCCAUCAAAGACGUCAUCGAUUUUCACGUGCUGACAGAGUCCAUUUUGCAGCUCGAAUACCAACACAAAUCCACCUUCAUACCAGAAGACCUAAAAACCAAUGUUUUUCUGGCAACGUUCAUUACCUGCUGGGCAAGGCUGAAGUUAUACAGUGUGCUGGAUAAGCUGGGCGAAAAUGUGUUGUACUACGACACGGACAUCUUUGUGGCCAGACCUGGAAACUAUCAACCCGGGAGAUUAUCUGGGAGAUUAUCUUGGACAGUUGACUGA